AUGAAGCGAGGAACUCCUGACGAGCGGCGAUGGGAACAUGGAUUGCGCCAAAGUACUCGAACGUCCAACGGUCCUUCGUUAAUGUCGUAUCCGACGAUGAACCGCAACUCCAAGGUGACAACUGAAACCAAGAGAAGCAGCGGAAAUGCUGGUACUCCAACACCAUUGGCAGCGACUACCGCGCUGCAAACGUAUUUGGCCAACGAUAUCGAUGCAAAAAGCAGGAUACCGUGUCCUGUAUCUGAACUAGUUGGGAAGACGGUGUCGAGAUCGGAUGCAUCACCGGAUCAAAGACGGCUGAGCAACGCAAGUACUUGUAAUAGCCGACGGAACGACAUUACAUAUCAGGAGAAUGCAAAGCCGAUUCAACUUAAUGUACGCGUUGGUGUUAAUACGGAGAAUACUGCUACAGCCGAUGGAGUUGCUGUCUCACGAGCUGAAAGUCCAUUGUCGCGCUUCCAGAAGCAUACAAGGCAAACACAUUCUGUUCCAGACGAGCGGCAUACGUUCUCAAUGUCCACCACAUUCCCGCGAAAAGGUUAUUAUCACGACUUGCAAAAGACACCUCGACUUCUAGCAACACAAUCGCCACAGAGUUUGACUCGAUCUCUUAUGGAUAAGAUUAACGAAGCGAAAGGCUUGUGGCGAGUGAGUAAAGUCCGUUCGAAAGAUUGUUCCGAGCCAGAAACUUUGAGUCGCGGUUUGCAGAGCUCAAUUGAACACAAUCGAAAGGCGACGUUGCCAUGGCCAUCCAGUCCUAUUCAAGAACGUCCAGAAGAUACAGCUCAGCCUGCAGCAGCCCUGAACAAUGCCCCACCAGUUCCACAUGCGAAGCCAGUAAAGCCCGUGAUACCGCCGUUGCCAUCUUCUGCGUCGCCAAAGAACGUAAAGUCACCAAGAGAAUCAAAAGAGACUGCAACAAGAAUCAACGAUGUGAUCGCGGCUACGAAUGCCGUUCUAUCUAUUCAGCACAUGUGGCGAAGAAAGCGACUGAACCAUCAAAAACACGAAGAGACCGAUCAUGGGCCUGACAGGAAAAUAAGUGACCACACUGAAGUGAAGCUGAUCAUCGACAAAAACUGUGCUGAUAUCAUCCCGUUAUUUCGUGCGGCCAAACCGAGUAGCAAGUGCAGUGUGACCAAGCUGCAGUCGAACGAAGUAUCAGCACUACAUAGUGAGAACGAGAUUGACUUGGGAGAAGAUUCAGUGGUGAAUAGUAACGUGAUGUCUGCUGUGCCAAACCACCCCUCGUAUUAUCCGUGGACGGAUCAUGAAUUGGUUUUUCUUGAAGAAGGUCGAUGUAUCGGAGAACUUCAAGACGCCGUUCGCAGAGGAAAUUCAGUGGAUCAAGACGAGCUCGUGUGGAAGCGUCCUCAGCAGGUUAUUCAAAAACUAGAAACUCGGCGAGUCUCAAUGAUUCAGAAAACCCGAAGAAAGCGAGAGCCCAAGAGCAAAAGUCGAAACCCGUUGAUACCAAGUAAUGGAGCGACAGCAUCCGUGCUGUCUAUUGUGCAUACAGUAGCAGCUCCCGCUAGUUCAAUGACUAGAGGAAAAAAGAUGCAUCAACGGAAGCACAAACUUCCUCGGGGCUACCGUUUCAAGCUCAGGAAUACCCGACGAAAAUCAAUGCUUCGUGUAAAGAAAGAUUCGGCCAAAUCCCAGAAGCUGUUCAUCCGAGAGCAAUGCACUGCAGACAAAUACGAGGACUAUGACCAUGGUGAACCCAGAUUUAAAGCAAGCAAAGGAGAAGCAGAACCAAGAGCAACGCCUGAUCCGCCGCAUAUGGACGGCAUUGUUCAAUGCAGCGAGAACAACGAGAAACAAGCUGACAGCAGGCUAAAUGAUCUCGCUGAAAUUGAAGCGAAACAUUUAAACUCGGAUCAACCGCUGGCCUUGGAUACUGAUCGUUUCGUGGUGUUCUCAGGCUCUGAGCUGCCACGAAGUGGCGUGGGUCCUGAGCUUUCGCGAAAUGACUUGAUUAGUGUAGGUGACCUCGCUCUAGCUAGAAGCCUGCUGUACAACGAAUGCCGUUGCCAAUUUACGAGCGACAAGGUCGAGCAUGUCAACGAUGUUAUACCACUGACAUUGACAACGCCUUCGAUCUACGCAAGCGUGCUUCCUGGGCUAGUAUCGAUGAUGGACUCGGUAAUAGUCGCUGAGACGUACUCUACUGAAAGGAACGGCGAUGAACACGCUCAUGGCAGCGUCACCGAACACGCAGAGCUGGAGGACACUCAGGGAUACAGCAGCCAAGAGCCUAAAUAUGUGGGUCACCCAUGGGUCUGGGAAGAACUGCUGGUGCGGAUGGAAGACAGUCGUACUCGCAGCGAUGAUAGCGCUUCGGACAUCACCGCUCCUUCCAGGGGAAAUAGUAAUCCUAACGAGUCGUGCGCAAUCGACAAAGCAGAGGAUUCAAUGCCCCAACGCUGUCCACCGGAUUCGAUGUGCGCUCUGAAAGCUACCAAGAGCUCCGUCGCCGAGAUGAUAACUCGGGUCCGCAAGGAGUACGGCGACAACCAGCAGGCCGAGGCAGCACCGUCUUCGCAGCAUCCCAUUCCGGUGGCGCAGCCCUCCCGGCUUCAAUUAGACGAAGAGAAGCGGAUUGAGUUCCUGCGCGUGUUAACCGACUUCAAGCGCUGCCUGCGAUCAUCGCCGUCGUGCUCUAGCAGCUUGCUGCUCUCGGACAAGUAUGGAAAACUGACGUAA